UCAACGGGUCCCGUACGGUGAUUACUCGCCGGCACCCGGAGAUCGAGGAGCAUUACCGACAGAGGGAGAGAACUCUCCUGCACACUGCUAUGCAUGGCUUUGCAUAGCAAAGCCAUGCAAAGCAUUGUGCUUACAGUGAAGCACAGAGACACAGCACACAAUGAAACACCACAUAGCUAACCCUUUGAUCGCCGCACAUGUUAACCCCUUCCUGCCCAGUGCCAUUAGUACAGUGUAAGUGCUUUUUAUUAGCACUGAUCACUGUAUUGGUGUCACUGGGGAUGGGACACCAAGUUAGUUCCCCCCAGUGUCAGAAUGCCCACCGCAGUCCCACUAUA